CAAUUCAAAGAUUUGUGCCUACUGCCUAGUGCCUACUUUGAAGUUUGAACAACUGUCUUGUCAGUUGUCUAGUGGAUACUGAAUAGUGUUAAAGUUCCAUUAUUCAUACUUUCUUUGAAUGAUGAUUCGUAAAAAUUGAAGUUCAUCAUUCAAAUUACAACAUCAGCAAAAGUAAGGAAUUGCUUGCACAUAACUGCUUGAGUGAGUGAAACACUUGUCACUAAGCUUUACAAGUUCAAAAUAUUGUUAAAAAUUUGCUGGUGUGUCAAGGAACAAUGGAAUUCCCACAUAUUGGAAAAAACUGUUGUUAUAAGUCUUGCAAUAAACUUGACUUCCUGCCCAUGAAGUGUGAUGCAUGUCGAGAGGUAUUUUGUUCCGAACACUUCACAUACACAAAUCACAAUUGCCCUGCUUCAAAUGCCAGGGAUGUCCAAGUACCUGUUUGUCCUCUAUGUGGUGUCCCCGUGCCAGGCAAGAGAGGGGAACCUCCAGAUGUGGGAGUCAGUGCACAUAUAGAUAAUCAAUGUACAUCAGACAAUGCAAAGGAAAGAAGGAAAAAGAUCUUUACAAAUAAGUGCUCCUAUAAAGGUUGUAAAACAAAAGAGUUGGUGCCUUUAGUAUGUGCAGAGUGCUCACUCAAUUAUUGUUUGAGACAUAGACAUACUGCUGAUCACGCAUGUGAAGGCAAACUGGCUGCUAAAAGAAGAAAAGCUGCUGAAGCUGCAAUGGCUCGUAUAAAAGCAAACCAAAACAAACCGAACACGGGCCGUGUGUCCACAAUAACAAGCUCAGACAUACAAGGAAAUAUGACGGAAGACGAAGCUUUAGCACAUGCCUUGGCGAUAUCGAUGCAAGAUGGACAAGACCUUCAGCAGGACUCUACUUUGAGGUCUCUCAGACAAAGAGUCGGUGGAGAACCAAACUCGAGAUGUUCAGUCUCUUAGCAAUUGUAUAACAUUUAAUAAGACGAUCGACUCCUUCAUGUUUUAUUAUUAAAACUUAUUGACUAUCGAUAGAAAAUGUACAUGUUUUGAGAGAAAGAGUUAGAGUUGUCACAAUAUGUACAUGUGUGAUGUUUGUUAUAUUGAAGCUCAGGGAACAUAAUACCUCAUUGUUAACUUUUAUCUAAUAGAUACUUCAGAUUCUUUACAAACUGUUUAUAUUAGCAUUCAACGAUUAACGACAUUGGAAUCCGUCAUUCCUUGCACAUUGUUUUAUUAACUCUCAACUUAUGUAAAUGUUAUCUUAAAUCACUUCAAAUUAAUAUGAGAAAUGUACCUGCUGCAUAAUUUACUGUAUUUUUAGAUGUUUUAUUAAUUGCUUAUUUAAUUUAUAAAUUUUACAAUGUUGCUUAUAAAUGUAAAUAUGUAUGAGGUUAAUAAUAAUUAUAAUAAAAGACAAUAUA